AUGACGCCACCAAUCAUAUACAGCAACGGACUGAUUCAAAGCAUCAGUCGUUACGAUGCUAACUACUAUUGUAAGAUUGAAAAAGUCGAAUUCUUACCUGGCAUCAUUCGUGUAUUUAUUGAUGAACGAGGCGAUAAUUCGCUUGGCCCUCUUCAAGAUCCGAUGGACUCAACAUUGGGAAUUUACGACCAAGGAGGAGAAUGCAGAAACGGCAAAAUUCCAGUCAAUGGAAAAUUUUCGAUCAAUGAUCAGAAUCGUCAAUAUUUAGAUACAGUAACUUAUCGACAAUCAUCCAUGUAUGGGUGUGGCAAUAAACAAAUUAUUGGUGAUACAUGGCUUGGCAAAAUCGAUGAAACACUUAAUUAUGCAACUGUUAGUCAUGAUGGUCUUUGUGUUCCAUUGAGUGGACAUAUUUUCCUUCCACAACCCGAUGAGUAA